GGCCUGGAGCUAUUUUAGCUAUGCCUGAGAUAAGAAGUAGUAUAAAAUGAUCAAGAGAACUUUCCAUUAGGUGGCACAGGACGAAGGAAGACACCAGAGAACAUGGCCAGCAGAAAAGCUGCAGGGAAGGCAGCUGCCAAACGUGCUCAACGAGGCUCCUCUAAUGUCUUCUCCAUGUUUGAGCAGUCACAGAUUCAAGAAUUUAAGGAGGCAUUUAGCUGUAUCGACCAAAACCGUGAUGGGAUCAUAAGCAAAUCUGACCUCAAAGAAACAUAUAUGCAAUUGGGAAAGAUGAACGUGAAUGAGGAUGAGCUGGACGAGAUGCUCAAAGAGGGCAAAGGACCCAUAAACUUCACAGUGUUCUUGUCUCUGUUUGGCGAGAAGCUUAAUGGAACGGACCCAGAAGACUCAAUCCUCAGUGCAUUUAAAAUUCUUGACCCCGAUGCAACUGGCAAUAUCAACAAAGAUGAAUUAAAGCAUUUUCUGAUGACACAAGCAGACAAAUUCACUGCAGAGGAGGUAGACCAGAUGUUUGCUGUGACUCCAAUUGACGUGGCAGGAAAUAUUGACUACAAGUCACUGUGUUAUAUCAUCACACACGGAGAUGAGAAAGAAGACUAAUUAACGACCAGCUAGAAAUAAAAUGACAUGUUCUGGA